AUGUUUCGCCGUACAAACAGAGCACAGCCACUUAAGGUUCAAGCAACAGUCAAAUACAUCAAGGAAGGAGAAAAUGUUGAUGUAGCAAACGCAAUUCUCUCAGUUGAAAACUCAUCAGUCAAAACUCCGAAAGUUAACAGAAAAAGAGCUUCAACAAUGAGUAGCCAAAGACGUUCCCAGUCAAUUGAAAGGAUCUUCAAGAAAGAAAAGAAAGAUGAACUUAAGCAACAACUCGAAGAUUUACGCCACAAAGAGAAACUUCUUAUAAUACAGAAUGCUCCACUUCCACCACCACCUCCACCACCACCAGCUAAGCUCUUUGUUAAGAAACCAUGCGCAAAUAAAGUCAUCGGAAACGUCCGCCCAGAAGGACCAGAAAAGUUGAAGAUCAGUCAAGAAGACAUUAUUGCCAUUAAGACAGGCCUUAAGAAAGUUGAAAAAGAAAAGGAACAAAAAUCAGAGGAGAAAAAGGAAAACGGAUUAUUUAACGAAAUACAAUCUAAGCUGACCCUAAUGCGUUCUCGUGUUGCCUUAUCAGAGUCUGAUGAGUCAGAUGGAGAAUCAGAAUCCUCUGAAGAAUUUUAA